AUGAUGGUGGUGGUGGUGACAUGUAUGCAAGAGAUUUUCUCGUGGAAUCCCCAAUGGCUCCAGGGCGGGGCUCUAAUAAAGCCUCCCACCAGAAAAUUUUCCCAACAUAUGCAACACUGGCCCUACAAACUAGACUAUGAGAACCGGGAUGAAUACCUGUGCCGACACUUUCCUUACAUUUAUAGCCAGCUAUUUAUCAGUCUGUCGGAGGUAUUCAAGAACGACGCGCCGUCUCGUGUGCGGCACCGGCUGUAUGUGAAAGACAGUGAGAAUUGCGGUAAACAUGAACUCAACAAACGGCUGGACUGUUAUGUCUUAAGAGAUAUAGAGAGACACCCGAAGCCAAUGGGCCGACCCUAUGAUGUGGUCAUCCUAUGGGUACUUAUAUCUUGAUGUACACUCGUUGUGGUGAAAUAAACUCAUAGUAAACAAUGAAUAACUUAAUCCCAACCCAUAAGCAAUUAUAUCAGUUUCUGAACCCAAAAUUGCACAAACAUAUAGCACUUUAAAAACAUAUUUGCAG